AUGCAAGACGUUAUCAACAGCAAGCCGGUUUGGGGGUCCAAGCUGACGAGAUGUGCCCUCUCGCCCUUGCCUUAUGCAGGCGAGUGGGUGGAGUCGCUGAAAUCCUAUGCUGGCGGCAUAGCCCUGCACCCAGACAGCUCUAUCUAUGACAUUGGCAUCGACUGGAUUGCACCCUACAACUCUACACAGCACAGUAUUGGCAUCCUGUUCAUCUGUUGUGCGGACAUGGACCCCCAUAACAAGGGCAAGAUCUGGAAUCAGGGUGUCAUCGCCAUCAUCCCCGGCCCCAGGAUGCCGUCUGUCCUCCACCCCUACCUCCAGCCCAUCGUCGACGACCUCCUCCGCCUUGCCAGUGAUGGCAUGCGUGUCUCACCUGCUGCUGCGCCUGCCAAUCCGGAGGCUGCAGAGGGUGCUGCAGCUGGUGGUGCUGGAGGGACAGCUGUGGGCGGCAUGGCUGACGGGCAGGCGCCUGCUGAUGGUGACCUCCGGGGCACGCGGCCCUUUCAGCACCGGGUAUUCCUGGGCCAGGUGCUUGCAGACACACCCGCCAGGGCAAAGGUGGCAUGCGGCAACGGCCAGAACAGUCGUGUCAGCAGCUGCAUGUGGUGCCUAUUCGAGGCACACAUGGAGGCCAAUGUCGGGCACGGGGCCACUGUGCGCUUCCGUGGCUACAUGUACACCCAAGCAGUCAGCCAGCACUUCGUAAAGUGGAAUGCAGGCAAGAGCCUGAAGGUCGGCGCCCGGGCUCUCAAGAAGACCCAUCGGCAUUUCGUCAGCACGGGCGGUGUCAUGCAGGCGAUGUACAGGAUGCUCCACCUUGGGGCUCCACACAAGAUCACACAGAAGCAGUUCGACGAGGUGGCGCUUCAGACUGGGUGCAAGGGCCUGACUGCCUUCGCGGCCCUGCCGUACGCCAACCUGUCGUGCCUCUUCACCGUCUCCACCGGCCAUGCCCUGCUGUUCGGAAUGCCAGCAGACCCAGAUGCCGAGCUGGUCAUGUCUCGUGAAGCAUGCCAGCGGAUCACGGCUCGUGGCCAGUUCCUGGUCAUGACUUCGGACUUCGGGCGGCGGUACAAAUGCAUCAUGCAGUACCGCAAGAGCUACCGCAUGGAGGACUGGCUGCACUUCAUCGAGACGUCCUCCAGCUACACCUUCAAGGGGGACAUGCUGCUCGAGGCCUGUGGUGGAGCCUGUGCAGCACGGUCACACACUACUUCCGGCCACGGCCCCCCGACAAGACCCGAGUGCCAGCUUGGGUCCACGGCAGGGUUCUCCGACCUGCCAGUGGAACACAUGAUGCAGCAAAUGAAGACGCAAGGCGGAAGGAUGGUGUCACAGGCACCCGAGAAGCACUAUGUGCAGUGGCUGUGCCUGAUAUGGGCCUCCGAGUCGCUCACCGAGGCAGACCCCGCGACCGGGGCCAAACACACGACCAACCAGCAGCUUGAGAGGAUGUUGGCACGGCGCGCGGCCCACUCCUUUUUGCAUGCCGAGGCACUCGACGAGGAGCAGUACUUCAGGGCUGAGUACGGGCGCCAGCAGCAGCGGACCUCCUGCUGGGCAUGCUACCAGGCAGAAGUCGGCAACAAGACUCGGACGUAUGCGGCCUACCUCAAGUACUUCGUCCACCUGCCCGCGGAAGACGGUGCUCAGGAUGUCCGCUUCACUGUCGCAGAUGUGUACUCGGGACAGGUGUUCAGCGGGGGGCUGGUGGUGGUCAACAUGGCGGCCGCCCAGAAAGUGAGGGCAGGCAGCCAGUGGGAGAUGUGGCAGGACCUAGGGCUGCCGCUAACAACGAGGAGGACAUACGCCAGGCUAGAGCCGAAGGGUCAUCCGUGGCUGGCAGACAAGCGGAAAGGGACAUCCGGUCCGAAUCCAGGGGCCCGGUCGGGCAACAAGUGGAUUGGCGAGCCUUGGGGAAAGACGUUGGCUGCAAAACAUGGAGACAAGGCCAUGUCACUCAGAGGCACGUUCGAGCCCAACACGGCCUCAGACCCAGGCGCGAUAGUGGCAUUACGAAUUGAAGAAUUUUGGGCUCCGAGGAUGGCCGUCAACUUUGGUGGGGCGGUGCAAAGAACUUAUGGCGAUCGGUUUGGCAGACGCGCUGGAACAGUUGGUUCUAGCGAGUAG